AGUGCAAUCUAACAAUUACCUUAUCAUUUAGGUUUGUGGCUUCCUGUUAAUACAUUCAACAGCUACAUAUCUUCCAGCACUUGUUUACAUGCCUAUAUCAUGCAUUACACCUCUGAGGUCCAUUCAUGUGCCCAUGUGUCUAACUGUACUUUUUGUCAUGUUUCUAUUAAUAGAUCAAUGGAACAUCACAAAGACAUCAUUGUCCACUUCCCGAAACUACAAAUUUUCAACUGUAAAAUGCAUCUCUCCUCUAGAUGAUCUUUAUUCAACAGCCAAUCGUAGAGUCCAGAGAAGGUUACAUGGGUAUACAUGCAGCAGCUGUCAGUGUGUCAAGAAUAAAUUAUCCCUGAGAAGCGUGGGAGUGGUCUUAUUGACAUGGAGAAUAUCAAAGAGGAACAAGAGAAUUUCUGGUCAAGCCGAGAGGAACAGCAACUUCACCAGCUGGAGGAGUCUGGUGUCAUUAAGUUCCCUUUGUUUCUUGUCCCUAUCAAGAGUGAAAAAGAAGAAAUACCAGUGUUAUCACAGCUUUAUCGAAGCCAAUCUGAUGAGAGCGCACAGGCAGAGUCUCCAGCAAGCAGCUCAUUUGCACACAGAACACUGACAGCACAAGCUGAUGGAGAGGACAAUAAAAUACCACAACCAGACAACUCUGGUCCAUAUACUGAUGGCAGGAAUUCAGACAUUUCUGAAACUGAGACUGAUGACAGUUUUGAGUGGUAUCCAACACUGACAUAUUCAAAUCAACACAGGAGUGAAAAACCAGUUGCGUGCCUUGAGCAUUGUGAAAGGUGGAGGCAAAAUGACAAUGAGAAAAUGCAACCCACAAGUCAUACAGGUGAGGAGCCAUUUGGCUGUUCCAAUCAGGAGGAACAAGAACUUCACCAGCUGGAGUGUGAUAUCAAAUUACCUUUGACUCUUGUCCCUAUCAAGAGUGAAAAAGAAGAAAAACCAGUGUUAUCACAGCUUUAUCAAAGCCAGUCUCAUGAGAGCGCACAGGCAGAGCCUCCAGCAAGCAGCUCAUAUGCACCCAGAACGCUGACAACACAAGCUGAUGGAGAGGACAGUAGAAUACCACAACCAGACAGCAACUCGGGCCCAUAUGCUGAAGGCAGGAAUUCAGACAUUUCUGAAACUGAGACUGAUGACAGUUUUGAAUGGUAUCCAACACUGACAUAUUCGAAUCAACACAAGAGUGAAAAAACAGUUGGGUGCCUUGGGCAUGGCAAAAGGUGGAGGCAAAAUGACAAUGAGAAAAUGCACCCCACAAGGCAUACAGGUGAGAAGCCAUUUGGCUGUUCCAAUCAGGAGGAACAGCAACUUCACCAGCUGGAGUGUGGUAUCAAGUUACCUUUGACUCUUGUCCCUAUCAAGAGUGAAAAUGAAGAAAAACCAGUGUUGUCACAGCUUUAUCGAAGCCAAUCUGAUGAGAAUGCACAGGCAGAGUCUCCAGUGAGCAGCUCAUAUGCACACAGAACAGUGACGGCACAAGCUGAUGGAGAGGACAAUAGAAUACCCCAGCCAGACAGCAAUUCGGGCCCAUAUACUGAAGGCAAGACUUUAGACAUUUCUGAAACUGAGACUGAUGACAGUUUUGAAUGGUAUCCAACACUGACGUAUUCAAAACACAAGAGUGAAAAACCAGCUGAGUGCCUUGAGCAUGGUAAAAGGUGGAGGCAAAAUGACAAUGAGAAAAAGCACCUCAAAAGUCAUACAGAUGACAAGCCAUUUGGUUGUUCUGAGUGUGGCAAAACCUUUGGACGAAAGAGCUAUCUCAAAGCGCAUAUGAGAAUUCAUACAGGGGAGAAACCAUUUGCCUGUUCUGACUGUAGUGAAAGAUUUGGAACAAAGGCCAGUUUAAUUGCACACAUGAGAAUUCAUACAGGAGAGAAACCAUUUGGCUGUUCUGAGUGUGGUGAAACAUUUCGACAAAAGUGUAAUCUGAAGGCACAUAUAAAAAGGCAUAAAGGAAAGAAACCAUUUUGCUGUUCUGUGUGUGCAGAAAAAUUUAGAUAUAAGGGCAAACUUAAUCAACACAUGAGAAUGCAUCCAGGGGAGAAACCAUUUGUCUGUUCUGACUGUGGUAAAAGGUUUGGAAAAAAGGGAAUUCUAGAUGUACAUAAGAGAACUCAUACAGGAGAAAAACCAUUUGCCUGUUCUGACUGUGGUGAAAGAUUUGGAAGAAAGGACAACCUAAAUGCACACAUAAAAAUUCAUACAGGAGAGAAACCGUUUUGCUGUUCUGAGUGUGGUGGAACAUUUCGACAAAAGUGUCAUAUUAAGGCACACAUUAAAAGUCAAGAAGGAAAAAAACCAUUUCGAUGUUCUGUGUGUGCAGGAAGAUUUAGAUUUAAGGGCCAACUUGAUGAACACAUGAGAAGGCAUACAGGAGAGAAACCGUUUGCUUGUUCAGACUGUGGUAAAAGGUUUGGAAAAAAGAGAAUUCUGACUGAACACAAGAGAACUCAUACAGGAGAAAAACCAUUUGCCUGUUCUCACUGUGGUGAAAGAUUUGGAAAAAAGUACAAUCUAAAUGUGCACAUCAGAAUUCAUACAGGAGAGAAGCCAUUUGGCUGUUCUGAGUGUGGCAAAACCUUUGGACGAAAGCGGUAUCUCAAAGCGCAUAUGAGAAUUCAUACAGGAGAGAAGCCAUUUGGCUGUUCUGAGUGUGGCAAAACCUUUGGACAAAAGAACUAUCUGAAAGUGCAUACGAGAAUUCAUACAGGAGAGAAACAGUUUGGCUGUUCGAAAUGUGGUGUAAGAUUCCGACACAAGAGUAAUCUUACCACACACAUGAAAAGUCAUAAAGGAAAGAAACCAUUUGUCUGUUCAGAAUGUGAUGGAAGAUUUCGACAAAAGAGUAAUCUUAAUGCACACAUGAAAAGGCAUAAAGGAAAGGGAAAAAAAUCCAAGUGAAAUAAAAUAAAAGGCAGAAAGGGUCUGGGGCUCAUUCUAUAAAGAAGUAGUCCACAAGAAAUGAAAAUUAGAGAGUAAGAAAUUAUUUGGUCAUCCUCGCUGUGGCAAAAGAUUUGGAAGAAAACAGAAUUCAUGCCGAGGAGAAGCCCUUAAGGGCCCCUUCACACAAAGUACAAAUCAGGGCGAAUCACGGCGGAACAGCUUUCAUGAGUGAACCAUGAAAACAAUGGGCUGACGGUAGGCGUGAACGAACCCGCUGCGACAGUUUCAUGCACGACACUGUCGCGGUGGGAACACAGUGCGAGCAGCUAGAGUAUAUGUAACCACGUUGUGCAGCUGCUGUGAAAAAAAAAAAAGAAAACUACAUGCCACCCAUGGGAUUCGAACCUGCAGUGUACAAAAGCUCUGCCAGCCACAAACUUUACCAUUGUGCUACUACCAUUGCUGUCCUGUAAAAGGUGUGGGAAAAAUGCUUGAAAUCAAGGACAUAAACAGCAAAAAGCGCAGUGAUAACUGACCAAACGGGAUUUGUUAUGGCGUAUUUAUGCUGAUACGUGACUGAAAGUGUUGUAUUUGUCGCAGAGAGGGGGAAAAAAACAAUCAGGCA